AUGCCUUCGCUGUUCGAUCAGCUAGAUCGCCUCACCGCCGUCUCGCGCUCUAUCAUCACCACCAACGCCGUAUUCUCCGAGCCCGAUCGCGCGCGGGGCGGGCCCUUCACCCGCGCCGUGCUCGACACGCCUCUGGGCGACCUCAUUCGCGACGUCGACGCGUCUGAGAUGGGCCUCUUUACGCUGCAGAGGCCCGUGCAUGCCGCCGCGUCCGAUUCCGAGGCUCGUCCGCCUGAGGUCGGGCGUGUGGCGUUUCCGGGGGCGACGCCGUUGCGGAGACCGCCGCCUGGGCGGGGCAGGGGCGAGAUGGGUAUGGGUGCGGGUGGAGUGGGGAAGGCGAGGGGGGAGUACGAGCCGGAGGUGUAUGCGAGGGCUGCGCUGAAGUAUUUGGAUCGAUACCAGUCGAUCAGGCCGAUGCCCCGCGCGCGGGCGCAGGUCGUUGCGAUCCUGGAGUCGCUCGCGGAAGCGCGGGAGAACAUUAAGAAUCUGAGCGCGACGCUCGAGCAAGUUACCCAAGCAGGUCCUUCUUCGUCGACAUUUCAGGCUUCGUCGAUCGCAGAAGAAGAGAAGAAUAUCCAGGAUCUGCAUCAGCGGAUAGCGGAGCUGCGUAAACGGAAAGAAGCCCUGCUUAACAAAUCGCAACCUGCUCCUCCACGCACCAAGCGCCGCGAACCUCCCACACCCAAGCCACAACCAGCCGAAAACGCACAAGAAGACGCGUUUUGGUUGACACCUGCUGCGCCCGCUCGCAUACUGCGCUUCACGGAGAACCUCAUCAGUGACGACGUCGACCUGAGCAAGGAGAUGCCCGACACGUCGUUCAUGAGCCCCGCGGGCGCCGGCGCAAGCGUAGUACCGCAUCUGCAGAGAACGAGUAUCUUGCCUAGCGAGCUGACGAGUGCGCAGGAGCGGUCUUUCGAUUUCACGCAUCAUUCGCUUGUUGCUGGGGACGAGGAGGAGGUGGAGAAUAUUCUUGGAGCCAAUGAGGCUGCAGAUGACUCUGUGGUGGGGGCGGCGGAGGAGGCGGAGGAAGAGGAUGACGAAGAUGAGGAUGCAGGCGAUGCGACAGUUGUGCUUAGCAAGGCGCCGGAGCUUGCGAGCGAGCCCGCUCAGUCAGAACCGGAGCCAGAGGCGCAGCCAUCGGAGCCUAGCUCAGAUGCUGAGCCUCCAGCUGCAGGAUCUGGGAAGAGACGGAAGAAACGGUCAGACCCACAGAUGGAUCGUAUUGCGGCGAAGAUAUGGGCCUCCAUGGGCGAGACGAUCAUGCCCGGCAACAACUAUGACCCUUCGGGUGUCAAAGGACCUACACCGCCCACCGGGCCUGAAACUUUCGAAUACCUCACUUCCCUCUCCUCUGAAUCUCCCGCGCCUUCCUCGCCGACCUCUUCCUCCAUAUCCUCACUCGCCCCUGGCGGCCCUGGCGGCGGGGCGCCGACGACGCAGCAGGUGCACAUCGCGUUCCUGCUCACGGCGUUGCUCGGCGAGGACAGAUACUGCAUGCCGCUGCCGAGGCUCAAGGAGGCACUCGGCUCGCGCGGGACGCGGGCGCUGUAUUCAUGCGUGGCGAAGAAGCUUGUGAGGAUCGAUCGGGGUGGCGGGGAGCAGAUUGUUAUGUUUGAUCUUUGA